UUCAUACUGCACAGGUGAAGUUCACAGGCAACUCUUAAGUGGACUUUAUCUAAAAUCCCUUUCUCUUCAGAUUUUCAAGGAUCAAAGCAUGGAAUGGAUGAUUUAAGACAGCAAAGAAACUAUUCAGGAGGAAGUUCAGGAGAUAGAGGCAUCACGGAAACAACAAUCUCUACUACUAGAAUUACAUCUUUACCUCCACGAGGCUGCAGUGCAUCCGCCAACAAGGGCAUGUCAAGCACUUCUGGGUCUUCUGGCCUGGAGAAGAACAUUUUGACUCAAAACAACAGCAGUCCUUUUUUCUCAUCCUCAUCUGUGGGUGUGAGUGCAGGUGGGUUCGGCUCUAGAUCAGGGGAAUAUCUGGUAGAGGAGACAACUGUGAGCAGGAAGACAGGUGGUGCCUCUGGAGUUUUCGAGAGUGUCUCUGGAUCGGGAACAGGGUCGAGGGUGAGAUCCAGCUCCACUGAUGGCAUGAGAAGAACGCAAGACCCCCCUUUGUUUGUGGAGAGGAAAAGCAAAACUACUCAUUCACGUCGUUAUGAUGGAAGCUCAAGUGACAGCUCAUCCCCAGAAAUAAAAAGAAAGGACUAUGGUUCAACAAGAGGAAGGAGUCAAAGCAGGGAGACGGAAAUCAGGACCAGGCUUCAGAGUGCAUCUCCCUCCACUAGAUGGACAGAGCUGGAUGAUGUGAAGAAGCUGCUAAAGGGAUCACGAUCGGCCAGCGUCAGCCCCACACGAUCUCCCUCCUCCUCCCCUCUCCCUGUACCUCGCAAGGCCAGCACCUUAGACACCAAGAUCUCCACAAAGCAAGUCGAGCAAUAUGACACCACUAUUCUUGACGCUGACCUGGCCUCAUACACAUGGAACAGCUCCACACUGCCCUCUACAGUCUCCACUGGUACUGCUUACGGCUUCAACAGCAACACCAACAACAUGUCAACGGGAGCUACUCUUGUUAACAGCACAUCACCAUCCUCCUUAUCAGUGUAUGGCUACCACAACAAUUUAGCUCCUGCGAGUGGAGUUCUAACUUCCAGUGGAGUUAACACACACUCAGGAUACGGAGUGCAGAAGAAUUAUUUGACAAGUCCCAGCAACACUGUUGGUGUUGGCACAGGCGUCUUCACCACAGGAUAUGGAGUGCAGAAGAAUUAUUCCUCAAGUCCCAUCAGCACUCUUGCUGUCAGCACAGGAGUCUCCACUUCAGGAACUGGUACAAGGACCCUUAAUGAGAAUGUGUCAAAGAGAUACCUGACGCUGGAGAAAGAGAACAUUCCAGUGAGAAGAGAAACCGAAGAACUUAUCCUGACCAAAGACAGUGGCAAGCAGUUUACAAACAGCACCCCUAAUGGGACAGCAGGGUCGUAUUCAGAUGUUUCAGUGAAGAAGGAAACUAUGAUGACCAGCUAUUCUGAAAGUGCCCCUGUAAAGUCUAGCUCUGGCACACAUUAUGGGCCUACAUCAGUGUCAACAAAAGACAAAGCUACUUAUGCAGAGAUUCAUAAGGCGAAGUUUGUUGAUGAUGAGGAUGAUGGCUGUAAUUGUGGAGGGGGUCUUUGUGGAUGUGGGCCAAACUGCUGUUCCUGGUGGAAGUGGCUGCUGGGGUUUUUGCUCAGCCUCCUGUUGCUCCUCGGCCUUCUGUUUGGACUCAUUGCUUUAUCUGAGGAGGUAAAGAAACUAAAGUCUCGUGUCAGUGCUCUUGAGGGAAUAUCCUCCUCCAUGAAAGCUCACACGAGUCGUCUGUCCGCUCCUAUUGAUGACAUUGGCAUAUAUAAAGAAGCUGGAAGUAAAGCGGCUUAUGUUAAUUCACUGGAUUCUGCAGUUUAUUCAGACAAUUCUGUACUGCAAAGAAAUGUACAGCAAAUACUUAGAGCAGAGCUGCAGUCUGAAGCCAUGAAAGCCUUCCUUGCUUCUUCAGUUAAAGCUGAAAGAGGACUUCCAGGGCCUAAAGGUGACACUGGAUCUCCAGGAACAAAGGGAGAUAAUGGUUUUCCAGGCCUUCCAGGUCCACCAGGAAUGCCAGGACAUCCAGGAAGAGAAGGACAAAAAGGAAGUGCAGGUGAACGUGGUCCAGAAGGACCACCAGGUUUCAGAGCAAGAGAUGGUCAGCCUGGACCCCGUGGAGAGCCAGGACCCCCAGGGGCCGGAGAGAAGGGUGAAAGGGGUAUUCCUGGUCCUCCUGGCUCUCCUGGUCUUGUUGGUCCACCUGGGCCUAAAGGUCCCAGUGGUUUACAUGGUGAACAAGGCCCUCAAGGCUUCAGAGGUGAACAUGGCCCUGCCGGUGCUAAAGGUGAUAGAGGACUUCCUGGUCCACCUGGAAUUAAAGGUGAUCAUGGUGAUAGAGGAGAAAAUGGAUCGCCAGGUGCUUCUGGUGCUGCAGGACGACAAGGGCCACCUGGUGAGAAAGGAGCUAAAGGAUCCGCAGGGCCUCAAGGACCUGAUGGCGAAAAGGGCCAAAGAGGUGAGCCAGGCUCAAUUGGCUUACCAGGAAUCAGAGGACCACCUGGACCACCCGGUGAUCCCGGGCAACCAGGAAUUCAAGGGAUUCAAGGCCCUCCAGGCCUACCUGGCAAUCCUGGUCAGCCUGGAGCUAAAGGUGAGACUGGUGAGCCUGGAAGAGUGAUCAAUGCAGCAGGUUCUAGCUCAGUGGCAAUCCCAGGACCACCUGGGAGCCCUGGUCCUCCUGGCCCACCUGGAUCUCCAGGACUCUCAGGACCCGUUGGCCCUGCUGGACUUCCUGGUCAGCCUGGUCCUAAAGGUGAUAAGGGAGAUCAAGGAGAACCGGGUAUUGCUGUUAGCGCUGGUGAGACUUUGGUUGCAACGCGAACAGAAAGACAGUAUGGUUCUGCACAUGUUGGUGUUUCUGGACCACCUGGUCCUCCUGGUCCCCCAGGGCCUCCUGGACAUCCAGGUGAUUCUAGACCAGGUCCACCGGGACCACCUGGUGAACCAGGCGCACCAGGAUAUGGCAGACCUGGUCCUAAAGGAGACAAGGGAGAUUCAGGAAACUUUAUGCCUAAUUCAGGAACAUUUUUUGCGGGACCACCUGGGCCAUCAGGACCUCCAGGGCCUACGGGAGCAACAGGUGCCCAGGGUCCAAGAGGAUACCAAGGGGAACCAGGUCAACCUGGCCUUCCAGGGAGUCCCGGUAGAGUUAUCUCUGAGUAUGGUGUGGCUCAAGGUCCACCUGGUCCCCCAGGACCUCCUGGAACACCCGGACGAGAUGGGCGUAAAGGAGAUCCUGGAGUACCAGGUACAUCAACAUUCCAAGGAGAAUCUAGAGUAUCAGGAGCAGUUGCAGUCGGGCCCCAAGGGCGGCCUGGUCCCCCAGGACCUCCUGGUCCUCCAGGUCAUUCUAGUGGAUCCCAUUCUACUGCAGACUAUCGUCGUUACAUCAUGGAGUAUAUGCAGAGUGACAGCAUGAGGCAGCAUUUGUCUGGUAUUCAGGGGCCACCUGGUCCACCUGGGCCUUCAGUGUCUGUAGAGGACGUGGCGUCUCGGGUUAUCGCUUACAUUCAGCGCUCUGGAAUUAGUGGUAACAGUAUUGGCCAAGGUCCUCAAGGACCUCCAGGACCUCCUGGCCCACCUGGAAGUAUAAGUGCUGAAUACAUCAUUUCCCUUUUACAGAGAGAAGAUGUGAGGCGUUAUGUGACUGGCCCUCCAGGACCACCGGGUUCACCUGGCGUUAGUGCUAGUACCUUUAGCGCACAGGAAGUGGCAAACUAUGCCAUCAGAAUGAUGAAUGAGCAGGGGAUGACAGGCAGAACUGGACCACCAGGUCUUCCUGGCCCACCUGGGCAGCCUGGCCAGCCAGGUGCUUCCUACAGUGAAAUAACCACUCUGCUUCAGAGGUCAGGGCUUAGUGGAAGCGUUGGACGUCCUGGGCCCCCUGGUCCUCAAGGUAUACAGGGACCCCCUGGUCCGCCUGGCACCCCAGGAGGCUCCUCUGCAAUCUCUGGUUACAAACUAGAGGACAUCCAGCUCUAUCUACAGAAGUCUGGUUUUAGGGGACCUCCUGGCCUACCUGGCCCACCAGGACCCCAGGGUCUUCCAGGAGACACUAGGGGCCUUGUAUCAUAUUCAGGAUCUUCUGCACGAGAACAGAUCCGUGCUGAGCUGCAGGAUUACCUAAACAGUGACACCAUGAGGCGCUACGUUCAUGGUCCCCCUGGGCCUCCCGGACCGCCUGGUCAGAAGGGUGAACGUGGUGAAGCCGGACACAGUUAUCACAGUGCCAGAAGCCAAUACCGCUAUGGCUCUGAGAUCAGUGAACCAGUGGACUACUCCAAUGUUGCACUCAAAGUCACUGAUUACAUUAAGAAUCAAGGUAUACUGCAGGACCUGACAGAGGGAUACUGGAGAACACAAGCAGGUAGGAUCCAAGGACCCGCUGGGCCUCCUGGUCCUCCCGGGCCACCUGGGUACAGCCGUGUGAUUGGUGCCUAUGGAAAUGUGACGGCUGACUUAAUUGACUUCUUUAGAACAUAUGGGACCAUCCCAGGGCCUCCUGGCAGGCCAGGACCCAAAGGAGACAGAGGAUACCCUGGUCCUAAAGGAGAAAAAGGGGAAUUGGGGAGCUCAGGGAUACCCGGCCUUCCAGGACAAAGAGGACCAGAGGGACCAAGGGGAGAAAAGGGUGAAAAAGGUGAUGUCCAGACUGGUAGAUGGAUUCGGACCAGUGGUGUGUAAGGGCACACACAUUUGCAGCAGCACACUUUCGUGGAUGCACUGACGGCGUAAAGAAACAAUACAUAUCUUUAAGAUAAAUUCAUAAACUAACCUUUUUUUUAUGAAGUAACACAGCUCAGAUGCUUGUUUGGGUCCUAUUUUAUCACAGUUUUAUAAUCAACCAAAUGCAUGCAAUAUUAUAAUCCAUACAUUUCAAACAAUUUUCAGCUUUACUAGCGUGGGUUUAAGACAUCAGUCUUAGUUUUCAUUAUCUAACAUACAAUAUAGCACUUGAAAUGUACUUUCUACCCAGUAGUGGACUUUGUAAUUGCCUUUUUUUUGUAUUGUAUGAAUCUUGUCUAUGAUGAUGUUUGCAUUUUUUUUGAAAAGUAACAUGGAUGGUACACUAAAAAAGGGGUCUUAAACACUUGAGAUUUUUUUAGACCAUGUGCUGUAAUGUGAGUUAUUAUUACAAGUAAAAAGCCACUGAAUGUGUAACAAAGAAUGGAGUAUGAUGUUACUCCUACCCAAACGGUUUCGAUACUGAGCUACAAAAAACACCAAACAAAUCAAAGAAAAUACAAUGAGUUUUAUUUACAGCAUUAUUACAGUAUACCAAUGGACACAAGCGAUUAGAUACAUAAAUUGACCUAAAAAAUGCAUCCUAUAUUCCAUCAAAGUGCUGCAGGAGGUUAAGGUCACUGUUCAGCAGUAUGACACUGGGAUAUCGGCCCUUUCUUUCUGUCUCUGAACAAGUAUCCUGAUGUGUAAUGCACUGUUUGUGCAAAUACUAACUUUUAGAACCAGCCUUUGUAAAAUGCAUUGUCUAUUAAAAAAAUGAAUGUCUCUGGUAAA